AUGUCGGUCACUGAUUCCGCCGCAAAUUUCCGUGCGAGGGCCAUCGCGCUGGGGCUUGAUGAGGCCGUUCUGCAGAAGAUCGUCGACGGGGGUAUUGACACAUUGGCCAAGUUUGCCUUUUCGUCUUCAUACACCCCGGGCGCUCAGGAUGAGAAGCCUUUUCUUGAUUCCAUCGCAACUCUUCUGGGUAGGGAUGGUAGCGUGGGAGAAUUGUCAGUACUUCGACGCUUAUUCCAUGAAUCCUACUCGCUCACCUCUGCUGAGUUGAAGCAGUCAGUGGAACGUGUCGAGGACGGGCCUGUCAAGAGAUUGGCUCAGCCAGACAGGGCCGACCGGUUGGCCAAGCAACAGAAACGCUUACCUGGGAUAAGCAUCCGAGGUCCUCUUGAGCCAUCUGAUCGACUCGUGGAUCGUUGCGUGGCGAUCUAUGAGGAAAACCGGCUUGUCUACGUUGAGCUUUCAGCCUGCACCUCUAAGGAAGAUGAAAUCAAGCAAGCCACGCUCAAGGAGGACAGGCAUCUUGUCGUAGAAAGCGGGGGAAAUGUUCGACUCAAAGGCCUGGUGAACAACAAGAUGGAUGCAGACAUUUCCUCUGAUUUGCUCAUGCGGUAUGCUCUUACUAGGCGUGGCCUAGCGAUGGAGCAAGCGGGAAUCAUCUCAUAUACACUGCAUGACGCAUGGACCGAGCAACUGCUCGCGUGCCGUUUCCGAGAACCCCCGACAGGGUACAGCCGCGUUUCCUUGCAACAGGUCAUUCAUGCUGACAGGCAAUUCUUCAUCAAACUUGCCGAGCUCACCCGGGAAGGAAUACAGCUUCAGGCGAAGGGUAGGCCAUGUGAUUUGCACUUCGAGACAGCUCGCAAUCACCCGGAUGUGGCGCACCUAAUGCAACCCCUUCUUGCAGCGGUGCCUAGACCAGACCCCACAUGGACGCCCCGAAAAGGCGACGGCAAGAACGGCAAGGGAGGUAAAGGUCAGAAGGGCGGUAAAGGGAAGCGGGACACCACUGCCAUCACUGUCGGAGCCGAUACAGGUAUGAGCGUUGAUGCAGCCGGCGGUGCUUCCGCCGAAAUCCUUUCACAACAGUUGCUUGAGGCUGACAGGUUGCCCACUCCAGAGGAGAUUGAAGAGCUCGUUAGCCUCUUGCCGCAUGGCGAGUUGACCGGCGAACGCCGGAGCAACGCGGACGCUUCUUGCAGUGCAUUCCAUAGCGGUGCUUUUGUACACAUCAAAGUGGGAUUGCGUCGAAAUUGCAAAAUCUUCCCAAGCACGACAAAGCUACUAUCGAGAAUUCUGCGGCAUGCCCAUCCUGGGCAUGAAUUUACUUCCUUGCUGCUUUCUGUGGACAACCAGACUGCAUUGCAUGCAGAUAGCCAGAAUGCCUUCAUCCCAAACUUGGUAGUUCCACUAAACAGGUUUUCUGGUGGUGGGAUUUGGGUGGAAUCCGAUGUUGGCAAAGAGCGUUUGACAGUCGAUGGCCAAGAGCUGCUGGGUCGGCGAAUGGUCCUUAUCGGAUACUCUGUACAAGGCGGUGAGAUGCUUCAAGACUCGGAUAAGGUUGAGCUGGAAGCCUUGGGGUUCGCACUUCCAUCGCAGUACCCCGCCACCGGCAACCAGGUGGCUGAGCAAGCGUGCUUUGCGGACUUCAGGAAUGGGACCAGCAGCCCGCCACUUCUUGAGCAAAGGCCGGCAUAUGAUCCACAGCACAUCGGCGAUCCGUCGAGGAGUCCAGUGCAAGGGAAGUUCUUGAAACCUACCCAGUUCUUUAUGUCCACGCUGAGCCGCCUUAUGCCACGUUUGGGCCACAGCAGGUAUUCCUUGGACCUUGGAACACCCAAAGGCGACCAUUCGCAUGGCCAAGUCGAAGGUGGAGUCGUCACACACCCUCCCGAAUUCUGCAAACAUGUCGUCCAAGCAAUUGCGCGGCACCAUGGACUUGCUUGCCCCGACGUGGCUUUGUCAUCCACGCCAGCUGGUGUUGCCCAGCAAAAGAGAGGCAAACCUGAAGCUUCGCUCCUGCCUGAGUUCGGCAAGGUCUUGCAGGUAGAUGUCGAUCAGGUUCCGCCAGUGAACCACAAGCAGUGCCUCACUCGCCCGUUGGGCGAGGUGCCAGCAGGAUCCAAGCUCAUCGCCACGUCUCUUCUCAGGGGUGAUGCGGGUGGCGAUGCGGGUAACGAGGGUAAGAAAUUUCGCCUUUCUUUAGGAGUUUUUGCCACGCCAGAUGAGUUCGUUGAUGCGGCCAAGGACUUGCUACAUCCUUUUGCUGCUUCGGCUGUUCUGUCGCCUAUCGUGAAAAGGCGUUUGUUUGAGGCCUUGACCAAAGGUCCUGAAUGGGUUCAGCGACAACGGUGCUCCAAAUUGAAAUUGUGGCUUAGCUGGGCCAAAGAACUGCAAGUUGCCGAAGGAGAAAUGAAAGGUAAGCUAGAUCCUGACAUUGGCCGUGUGCUUCGAGGCAAGCGCUUGUUGCUUCUUAAGCGUAUUGCUGAUGAUAUGGACUGGCCCGACAAGGAUUGGUUGGGUGAGCUCUUGGAAGGGUUUGACUUAGUCGGUAGUCAGAAGCACACCGGGGUCUUCAAGCGAGAGUUGCGACCACAAGCAAGAACUAAGGCGGACUUUCUUGAUGCUAGCAAGUUCUUGCGACCGGCACUUCUGGGCAAGGUCGCCUCUGAGGGUCUGAACGAGCAUUCUCAGGAACUCUGGGACAAGACCUUGGAAGAGGUGACGGACGACCUUCUUGAAGGACCUCUGACGCAGGAGGAGGUUCAUGCCAGACAUGGUGACCAUUGGGUCCCGGUUAGGAGGUUCCCGGUGGUACAAUCUUCAGCGGGCAAGAGGAAGCUUCGACCGAUUGAUGAUUUUUCGGAGAAUCUAGUCAACGGUUCUUUUUCGUAUGCCGAUAAGAUUGACUUGCGUGCCCUUGACGAAAUCAUUGCCAUCUGCCGAUGCUGGACCCAGGCAUGCACUUCAAAACAUCAGUUCUUUUUCGCGAUGCCUGAAGGGCCACCGUUGGUGGGCCGUGUCCACCCUCUGUGGGUCAGCGGGGCUUGGGAGCCUUUGCUUACAACGUUCGAUUUGAAGAAUGCUUAUCGUCAAUUCCCAUUGUCACCAGGCAGCCGUGCUCAUGCGAUCAUUGCACUGUUGGACCCGAGCGGUCUUGGCGUGGGUUUGUUCGAGUCCAAAGCGCUACCCUUCGGUAGCACGGCGUCGGUGGUGCACUUCAAUCGAAUGUCACGUUUGUUUUGGAGGAUUGGCCUUGAACUUCACCUGUGGUGGAGCAAUUUUUAUGAUGACUACCCAGUCAUGACGCCAACACUGCUUAAGGAUUCCACCAUGGCGACUAUGAUGCUCCUGUCCCAGCUGUUAGGGUUUAGUGCCUCCCUUGAGAAGUUGGCCCCAUUUUCUUCGGUUGGUACGAUGUUGGGCGUUGAGGUAGACUGCAGUUCAGCGCCCGAUGCGCUCAUCCGUGUUCGCAACAAAGAGGGUCGUGCCAGCGAGGUGUGUGAGGUCAUACAGGGAUGCAUUAAGGCUGGUGUGGUAAGGCAAAGGGAUUUCGCCCGUGUCGCUGGCAGGAUUCAGUUCUCAGACUCGCAAAUCAUGGGACGUACCGGCAAACUAGCUUUGGCCGAGUUGCGAGCCUCAUCGGCCAGGCAUGCUGACAAGUUCCGUCUUGGAGAGCAGGAGGUUAGGGCCUUUGAUUUCUUGGUCAGUCGACUGUCCUUUGGUGCUCCUAGGGUUGUACCCUGUUCGGUUCCUCCGAAACCGAUUCUUGUCUUUACCGAUGGCGCCAGCGAAGGAUCUAUCCACACAGUGGGGGGAAUCAUGUUUGACCCGCGAGAACAACAACCGAAGUACUUUGCUUGCCAUGUGUGCGACAGUGUCGUCUCGACCUGGUCCCGGGACCUUCAGCACAUCAUAGGUCCAGUCGAGGCCUACGCUGUGCUCACAGCGAGAAAGGUCUUUCAUCAGUCUCUGUCGGGACGAUAUUGCGUGUACUUCAUUGAUAACGACGGGGUACUGCUUAGCUACAUCAAGGGUACGUCUUCUAGCAAACCUAUGCGAGACAUUUUGCUGAUGUGGGAGUCCCUGGAGAUGCAUGCUCACACGUGGGCGUGGUGGGCUCGUGUGCCAUCCGCAUCCAACCCAGCCGAUGCGCCGUCAAGAGGCGAGCUGGAUGAGCUUGUCAAAGCUGGGGCAUUGCGUGUGGAUUGUGAUUGCCCGCUUACCGGCGAGCCACUUGUGGCGAGCUUGCAAAAAUCCAAAAAGACCUUGUCAACUGCUGUCUUGGAUGAUGUGGAUGAUGGGGAUUUUAGUGAAGAGUUUCACGUUUUUGAGAUGCCAGUUCACUCGACAGGGCCGGCACCAUCUGCACUGGAAGGGAACUUGCUGAUUACACGUGGUGCUGAGUUGAGGAUUGCUUUCUACACCGUGUUGUCGUGCACUCGUGACGACAGGUCUUGGUCUUCGUGGAGCUCGGCUUUUGAGCCGUUGAGUCCGGCGAGACAGAAGAGCCCCGCAUCGGGCUCGGAUAGCUCCGCCAUCGAGGCCAAGGCUGAUGUUUCGCGAGAGUCGGUCUCCACGGCUGAGCGUUGGGACAGAGACUCGGUCUUGGAAAGAAAACUGGCGCCAGAGCGCGUGUUUGGAGCCUGGUGCUGGGUGUUUGACAAGGCGCCGAAGCGCUUGACAGAGUCUCGGAGCAGAAACCGCGAUCGCAGACGCGACCGGGAAUCAAGAUCGAGGGGAGCGCGAGCUGUUGCGCCUUUUCCCCCGCCGGUGCCUCAGCUGCCGGCUGCAGCGCCGGGAUAUGAAUGGAGGCAAGUACCAGUGGCGCCGGUGCAGCCACCUUUGCCGCCUCCCUCGACACCUGCCCCGAUUGCCCCUGCUGUGCAUGUGCCUCAGCAGCGUCUACUUGGAAUCGCCAGCCCUGGCGCGGAGGGGGCCAGCAGAAGCAGCAGGGCCAAUGGAGCAAGCGAUGGAACCAGUGGCAUCGGUCCAGUCAGGGGUCGAAUGAGCCUCGAGGGUCGGGCCACCAGUCCUCUUGGACGGAUCCAGACCAUCACAACAUUCAAGAGGCCACUCCUUCUGAAGUGGCCGCGGCCGACGAAAGAGGCUGAUAAGGAUGAGGCAGACGACGAAGAGUCGUACCUCGCAGCCCUGUGGAAGUCGGCGCAGGAUGAAGCGCGCGCAGACCCCACUCGCCCAUUGUCAGCUCGGGAACUGGCAGAGCAGGGGAAAUUGCAGUGGUGGUGGAAGAUGCCUUGGAAGACCAUCGCCGAGAAGUUUCCUGACACGCAUGGCUACAAGGAGUUUUUGGAAGGACUUGAAGGUCCGAUACCGACCUCUGUGAUUUCCCGCGUGGUCACGGUCCUUGCUGCCUUUCGGGCUUACGGCCGCCCCCUUGAGGGGGACAAUCCUGUGGCGGGCGUCGUCGGACCCGAUGCUCACAUUUUUCGAGUGCCUGGGCAACGGAUUUUGAUCUUAUCCUGCGAAUUGCGCGGGCCAAGCUAUAUCCGCAAUCCGAACUCGGCCCAUUCGGCUAUCAUGGCUCAUGGUACCUCUUUCCCCUCUUUAGUCGGCGUGGCCGAGAUAGGGGAGAUCGCGGUGAACGAUUUUCGCGAUCAGGGAACUCCCUGCUUCGGCUUUUCGGCACGAGGUUCAUUGGUCACCUUGUCGCGAGAUGCACUGGAAAGUGCAGCGACAAAAUGCGCGAGUCGGGCUAAAGCCCUGGGCGGUGCGAUUGUCCUCGUAGAGUGCGAGUUGCCACGGAGCACCCCCGCUGUGGAGGGGGGGAAUGACAUGAUGCAGAUCUGUUGCCGGGACGCUGGAUCGGCGUACCGCCGGGUCCUCACAUUACUUCAUGCCUUUUCGAGUUUCUUCGACCUGUGUACUUUGAUGGCAGAUGACGAGGAGGACGGCCAGGAUUCUGUUCAGGCCGUUUUGGCAGGGAAAUCGCCGAACACCAUCUUGAAACAUGUGGGUCCGGUUCGUACUUUUUGCGAAUGGCUUUUGAAAGCAAGUCAGACUCCGCCUUUUGCGGAAAAAGUCUUGUGGUCUUUCAUUCAUUGUGUCCUCAAGAUGCCUAAGACCGCGGCCACCACACUGGACAGUAGUCUGCGUGCUAUCAAGUGGAGUUAUUAUACCUUGGGACUACGUGUUCAACUAGAGGUCUUCAGCAGCCCUCGAAUUCAUGGUGUGGUGAAGAAGGCGCUACAGAGUAAAAACCCGUGGUGCCCGGCGUCACCCCUCAAGGUGUCCGAAGUUCUCCAACUGCAUGCGAUCUGUUGUGAUCCCUCUAUUUCUGUCAUUGAUAGAUGCGGGGCGGCGCAUUUCCUUGCCAUGCUCUAUGCGAGGGCAAGAGCAUCGGACAUCCGAUGUGUCAAAAGUAUUUUGAUAGAUGUGCACAACGAGGACUGGAGUUCAGGUUUCAUUGAGUUAGGGACGCUGGAGCACAAGACGUCUAGGCUGGACACUCAGCGACGUCGUAUAUUGCCUCUGGUGAUUCCUGGCCAGGGUAUUGCCAAAACCCCUUUUGGUCAGCUCCUCCUGGACAUUAGGGCUGAGGCCGGUUUGCCGAAUGAUCAGGCGGAUGUUCCAUUUUUGCCGGCGCCUCUGCCGGAUGGAUCGUGGUCCUCCGACCCGCUGUCUAGCAGCGAAAUUACCAGGUGGCUGAGGUAUUUACUGCCACGUCCAUCGACGGAGCAGGCCGUGAGUUCGCACUCGUUGAAGGUUACAUCACUUGUUUGGUGUAGCAAAUUUGGGAUGCUUCGCGAAACUAAGCGAGUUCUAGGCCAUCACGCGGACGCUGCGACUGGCAGCGAUGCAGUUUAUGGACGUGAGUUGCAGAGCGCGGCACUGCGUGAGUAUGUUGUCGUGCUGGAUGCAGUCGCGACGGGUAAGUUCUUGCCGGACCAGACUCGUUCGGGUCAUUUCGCAUCAGGUUGGACUCGGGAAUCUAUCCUGCAGGCAGCUGCUUUUCCACAGGACUCGGAAGUCCUGGAGGCGGCUGUGGAGGACGAUCAAGAUGAGGCUUUGGCUGUGGUUUCUGAUGUUUCAGACUCUGAUGAAGAAGCCCCGGAGGAACAAUCCUUCUGGGCUCAUCCGACUAGCCAGGUCCUACAUCGCACGACUUUGGGGUACUUAGCCAUGACGAGUUCCGUAGAUUCGGCGCCUUUCUUUGUGCAGCGAGCAGAUGAAAUCUCGCUCGCCAAGCGAGUAGUGGAUGCCUUGAAAGGUAAAGGGGUGUCUACUUUGGCCCAGCUGGCCUUCUGUGUCGGACAACCGGGACAGGUGCUAUCUCAGACUGAGUUUGACACGUGGAGCGAGGCCAUGUUGGUAGGCAUCACAGUGGGCGAGAAGGCGUCUUUAAGGCGCCUGAUCUUGGAAGCUCAGACCAUGCUAGUGGCUUCUUUGAAGGAUCUGGCAGAACCGGCUGAACACGCUUCCCCUAAAAAGGUGGGGGUAGCCGAGCGGAAUGCUCGCAUGGAUCAGCUCCGGACUCAGCUCGCCGGAGUUUCGCUCACUGGACAGCUUGAGCCGAGUCAUGCAUUACUCGACAUGGCCGUUCAGCAGUGGGAGAGUCGGUGCCUGAAGUACAUCGGUCCAGAGAAGUGUCAUAGCCGUGAGGAUGAGGUUCAGAACGUCAAGCCUUUGACCACCAGUCUGUCCUUGGAAGGCGGUAAGCUGAAGGUUACGGAGGCUGCUGGUAUGGAUGAUCGCGAUAUUGAGGGCUCUUUGCAAGUCCUUAAUGCCUUGCGCCGCAGAGGAGUGGCUUAUGCAUUUGCUCGCUUGAUCAGUUGGGAAAGACAUGAAGCUUAUGUUUCGUCUUUGUUCAGGUAUUUGACCAAGCCUGCUCAGCCUGGUUACAGGAAGGUGUCUCUUCGUCAGAUCUUGCGGGCUGACAAGCUUGCCUUUUCCAAGUUGUCGGAGGCAGGUGAGGAUAUCCGAGCAGAUGCUUCUGGCAUUCUCCCGCUCGAUUCCGCGAUCGGGGCUAGUCUUCACGAUUAUGACCUAAUUGUAGCUCUUUUGCCUAUGGGUGAUUUGGAUGGUAAGGGCAAGAAUGCUAAUGGCCGUGGCGGGCGCCCGGGUCCUUACGGUGAUGCUGCGCCCUGGAAGGGGAAGAAUGGCAAAGGUAAGGGCGGUUGGAACUCCAAAGGAUUGGACAGGGACUUAGAAACUGCCGGUAGUGCCUUCAGGCUUCUGUCAGAGGCCCCAGACGCGAGUGUGUGUUCUGUCGACGCAGAGCAAACUUUGCAAGAUGAUCUUGUCCCCUGGAACCCGAAUCCUGAUUUCUCAAGCGACAGGGAGUGCAUCAGCUCACAUCGGGAGCCAUCCGAGCUUGCAGUAGAGUCAGAGCUUGCUGAUGCCUUCUUUGAAGGUGGUAUUGGCUUGAGUUCUGAAUCGGUGCCCGUGCUUCCUGCGGUACUCAGUGGCAUCGAGCAUAACCCGCAAGGUUAUAGGAACCUCUUGCGCUCGUCGCACCUUGGCCUUCGUGAUGAGCUUCCGAAGUUUCCUUGGGAUGAAGGAUUUUGGAGCGACUUCUUCAAGCCUGUUGUGACGACUGACGACCUCUUGUCUUUUCCCAGGUUUGAUAGGUUAAGCCCUCCGGUGGAGUUCCUGCAAGAGGCUUUAGAGGCGGAUGAGCUGCCUGGGCCCAAACGCGCUCGCAAAGCUGUUACAGUCACCUUCGAGCGAGUUGUGUUAAAUCGUGCCGUGAUCUCCUGGAGAGAUCAGCGAGAAGCCGACUUGAGCAGAGCGCUUAUCAAGUGGUGUAGAGUUUUUGCAAGCUGGGACAGUGAAUCUUCCCCUGUCACCCGUCAGCUUCAGGAAGCCGCCUCGCCUGAGGCCUGUCAUGACCUCCUGGGAGAUUAUUUGGCCCGCAAAGCUCCCAGUACAUGUCUCAAGCGUGCAAAUAGCAUGUUGAUGUUGGGCAAGUCUGUAGCUUCCGAAGGCUUGACAAUGCCCAUGCAGGAGCCUUCUCUUUACUCGAUUUUGAGAGAUUGCAAAACCGGUGGUGCACCCUUGUCAGCUUUGCGAGGCAUCAUGGAGGCGAUCACUUUCGUGCACUUUACAUUUGACAUUUCGACUUUGCAUGCCAGUGUCAAGAGCAAGAGGUGUUGGGGCCUGUCCUCAGCCAAGCAAGCCACUCUUGCCUCUAAGGCAGACCCUUUCACAGUUGAAGAAAUACUUGAGAUGCAUCGAAUACUUUACGAAGGGGAUGAUCUCUGGGAUCGUCUCAUGUGUGGAGUGUCCCUCUACUGCAUCUACGCCAGGUGUCGAUGGAGCGACUUCCAACAUGUUGACUCGCUCUCUCUGGAGUGCAACGACCAGGGCUUUGCAGAGUUCGGCUCAGCUUUCAUCGAUGUGCAUAAGACAAUGAACUUCUCCUCAAAACUUCCGAAGUGUCUUGAGCUAGUCGCGGUAGGCCGAGGCCUCGAUGGCAAAGAUUGGCUCUGUGUGUUCAUGGAGGUUCGAAAGGCUUUAGGCGUCGAGUACAACAAAGGGUACCCAAGCAUGCCCGCCCCCGACAAAUCUGGCGCCCCGACGGUCAGGGCUUUGGGAUCUGACGAAGCAGGUGCGUGGCUCCGAGAGCUUUUGCCUGGGCGUGAAGGCCGGCGCACCACCUCCCACAGCUUGAAAGCCACUCUGUUGUCUUUUGCAGCUAAGAGAGGGUUAGCUCACACUGACCGGCUGGCCUUAGGCGGGCAUUUCCAUGGGGCUCACAUGGCUGAUGUAUAUGCGCGGGAUGCCUUAGCACGCCCAUUGCGACUUCUGGCGGGCAUGCUGUCUGAGAUCAGGCUAGGAAAGUUUGCACCAGAUGCUGGCAGGGCUGCUCGUUUUCCUGGGCGCACCAAUGAGGAAUUGAUAGGUGCCGAGCUGCCCACAGGUGUCGCCCAUGCUGCUCCCACUGAGCCUCAGCCGCUAGAUGAAGUCCAUCUUGGCAGGAGCAAUGGCGACAGCAGCGCUAGGGGUCUUGAAAGCUUCUCUCAGUGGGAUCUUGUCUCCUUGGGGGCACCGUCACAUGCACCGAAGGCCGUGAAGUCGGAGGCGUGCAUUUCCCAUGCGGGAGGUGAAGUCAUGAGUGUCAAAUCGGACGGAACAGAACCUCCGAGUCCCGAUUUUUCUGAGGGUGUUGGCGACCUGAGCCUCAUGCCUGAUCGAGCGCCGCAGGGAUCUUUUGAGAUAGUUCCGGAAGACAUCUCCGAAGUCAAUCCCGAUGACGGUGUCUCCUCUGACGGAGACACGUCGUCGGAAGGCUCCUCAUCCGAGUCGUCUGAUUCUUCUGAGGAAGAAAAUCCGGGGCCCAGGCUGAUGCCCCCGCCUUCGCCUCCUGAAGGUACCUUCUUCAUGCAGCAUCGCAAGCUCAAAACUCUGCAUUUGUUGUUGACCGGGCACCGCAGCUUCACGCUGUGCGGAAGACCGUUGCAAACUGGCGACAGCCCCUUCAUCGAGCCUGGCCGCGUGAGCCAGCUCAAAAGACUUCAUUUCGAAUCCUCGACUUUGGUCAUUGCCCAGUUGCGCGCACUCGUAGAAGGGGAUUCAACAGAUGCUGGAAAAAGACUUCCGGCAGAGAAAUCCGCCCGACUUGCGGAUGCCAAGAGGCGUUUGAAAGGCCUUGUCAUCGAGGAUGAGAUGGAGCCGAGUCAUGCCCUCAUUGAUGCAGUUUCCCACAUGGGCGAGUCGAAUGCGGUGGUUUGGAUCCCACCGUCGAAGUGCACUAAGAGGGAUGCCGAACUCAAGCUAGGGCUUCGCGACAAGCAAAAGUACUUGACUGUUCAGGAGCAAUCAGUCACCUUGGCCCCGGCUCCAGAUAAAAUCGUCGCUGAGCAUGGGACUCCCUUGGAGGUCCAAUGGUGUCUCCAGCGCCGAGGCUUGGCUUUCUUCAUGUGCGGCUUCAUGGAGUGGGAGACUCACGAGAAGUGGGUCGCGUCUCUGCUUAGAUGUUUGUCAUCGGAUGUCAAGCGUGUCAAACCUGACAGCAGUGGUGUGAUGGAGAUGGAUGUUCUUAUGAAUCGGCACCGUGACCUCAGGAAUCUUCCUGGGUCCUUGAAUGGCGUUGACUUGCUGGUCUCAGCAGGGCCCGUCACGUUUGAUGCGACGGUAGAGCACGAAACUUUAGACUGGACCAACGGUGUUACCGAUGCAACUGCCUCGGUUCCUGCACUCAGCCAUACGACCACAGCUGCUUCUGAUACUGUCUCUGGAGUCAUUAUGGAUGUAUUCGCUGGCGAUGCCGCCUUUUGCAAAGCCGCGCACAAAGCCGGCUUUAGAGCCCUAGCCUUCGACCUUAAGCCUCAGCGUGCCCAAUUCCCAAUUCAACCUCUCGACAUAACGCAGGCCGAUGAGCUUGCGGUGCUCCUGGAGGUGAUUUCCGAGCACGCAGGUGCUACGUCAUUGGUGCAGUUCACUGUCCCGUGCUUGAGUACCUUCUUCACGUCAAAGACUGGUUCAUGGAGUUUCGCCGAGUUGCUGGUGGAUGCUGUCUUUCAGCUUUGCUCGCAUUGCAGGGCAGUGGGAGUUCCUUUUGCGAUUCUGCACCCUGCUACGUCGCGCUUCUGGCACAUGCCGUCUUGCCAACACUUCUUCCAAGCUGCAGACGGUGAAUGGACUACAUUUGACCAAUGCAUGCAUGGAGGGGCCCAGGUCGAUGAUGUCUUGUCGAGCCCCUGGACAUGGUCCACUAAGCAUUGCAAGCACGAUGCGCACACACCAACCAAGGAUUUCUCUGAUGUCUGCGGCUUAUUGCCUCCGACUGAGCAUUCUCCAGUGCUUGAAGUUGUAUGGAUUGGCAUUCCCCGUGAACCGGAUGACUUUUUACGUCGAGCUGUGGCAGCCGGUCACCCAAAAUCCCUUCUUGAUGUCGAAGCCGAUCCGCACAUGACCUUGCUGAUAGACAACCUUCUGAACAGCAAUGUCAAACAGCCAGACAAAGGUUUGCAUGAAGUUCAGCGUUGGACCGAGCUACGGUCGGACCUCUCCGAAUCCCAGGAUGUGUGCAAAAAGGAGUGGCCCAUCCAUGUGGCGCAGGUUCUGGAUGCAAAGCCAACUCUGCUGAUGGACGAAUUGCUCACCCAGCACGACUUUCCAGAUCGCCACCUUGUGAAGCACAUUUUUCUCGACCUUUUGCACGUGUACUUUGCACGCGCUGGCAAGAAAGCCACUGUGUUUGCAAAGGCUUUCAAAGCGCUCGGCCUUAUCAUCGACUUGAGCCAUUUCGGCGAAGGAUAUGUGACCAUCGGUCAUACUCAAGAACGUGGGGAUGAGCUGCGUGCGACAAUCACCCGCAUUCUUGAGUCCAACCGCCUUUCGCACGCUGAAGCCGAAAGCUUGCGAGGCAGGCUCCACUGGUACACUUCCUUUCUUUUUGGACGCAGAUCUUCUCAAGCUUUGAACGUCCUGAGCGACUGGGUAAAUCGAAGUGCAUCAAAAGGCACUCUGCCUACGGAACUCCGAGAGUCCCUCAUGUUCCUCAGGGACGUAGCUCUCCAUUCUGAGCCGCUGAAAAUUUCGAGGAGUUUGCAGCGAACUUUCUUGAUUUUUACUGACGGCAGCCUGGAGGGAAACUUUGCUUGUGUGGGAGGCAUUCUGCACGAUAGUCAAGGCGUGCCCCUAGCCUUUUUCUCGGUCAAGCUGAACCAAGAAAGAAAUAAGAUUUUCGUCCCGGAGCGGAAAGAAAUAACUGAGGGACUUCGCUUCCAGGGUGGUAUCUCUGUAGCUGAUGUCGCGGCCCCGGCUUCGCUACCUUCUGGAGUAGGAGUGGACCCUGCUUCUAAGAUGGUGGAUGUCGACGAUUCUCCGAUUUUGGUAGAACCUACAGUUUUGGAUCCUCCUACGAUGCCGAGUGCUUCGUCUGAGUCGUUUUACUUGGAGCACGCAGAGAGCGAGGGGGCGCUCCCCUCACCUCUCGUGGCAUCGCAGGACAAUUCUUCUGCCCCUCAGAGUCAGGAGCCAAUCAGGGCCAUUUUGCAGUGUUUUGCAGGCCAAGCUCGUGUGGCUUCAGCUUUGAUUAAGCAGGGCUAUUUUUCCUAUGGAGUGGACCGAUUCAAGCAGAAGGCGGCUAUGGCCCCAGUGCUUCAGAUGGACUUGUCAACGAGGGAGACUUGUGACUCUGUCCUAACAUGGCUUGACAAAGGCAAGAUUGCGGGUGUUAUGAUAUGUAUUCCCAAACAUGCCUCGGAACCUGUCACUACAGCUUUCAUUCUGGCAGUGAUGGCGGGCUGCUUAAGCAACAACCUGCCCCUGAUUCUUGAGGGCUCGGUGUCCUCCCCAUCUUGGGAGAGCUUGAAGCGCUUACCGUCAGCACAGCACCCUCCGCAUCAGGUGGAGGUGGAUUGGCGGUUUUGGGACUCACAUAGCAAACAGCGCAGCCUCGUGUUGUCUAAUAUGCCAGAAGUCUUCACUGUGCGCAGGGAGGCGGCACCUGUGGGAUAUAAGGUGCAGCAGCGCUCGGAGGCGCAGACCGGCUAUCCGCCGGCUUUUGCCACGGCGGUAGCUGAGGUGUUCAUCGCAGGUUUGACUCAGCGACAGCUGCCGUGUCGCAGCCCGGCCUUGACUAACAAAUCGCUGCGGGUUUCGGCUAUGAAUCAGCCACGUGGGGCGAUGCCGGAAGUGGUGUCUGAGUGGAAGUUGGUGGUUUAUGUCCUUCUGCCACCGCAGGUCGAGGAUCCGUUUGGUGGGUCGAAGUUGGACACUGAACAUCUUUUGGGGAUGUCUGAUGAAAUCAAACAGCAGAUCCGGGCGAAGACUGGUUCAUCGGGUGAUAAGGAAAUCGAUCAGCUGUUGUGGGAUAAGACGAUGGAAGAGGUACAGAGUGGAUACCUCUCGGGACCUUAUGAUUUCGAGUCAUUGCCGAAACGAUGUUUGGUCAGCUCCCGUUUUCCGUUGCUACAAGGAGAUAAGCUGCGACCUAUUGACAACUACUCAUCGAGUUUGAUCAACGAUACGGUCACAGUCUCUGAAAAGCCCAUCACGCACUCUAUCGACGAAAUUGCUAUGUUGAUAAAUACACUUUCGAGUGCUGCUCGAAAGAAGAACUUGAACGCAUUGUACGGGAAAACGGCGGAUCUGAAGGGAGCUUACAGACAACUGGCGGUAUCUGAUACAAGCUUAGAUUUUUCUUACCUCGCGGUCUACGACCCAGCGGAGGAGAAGCCCAAGUUGUUCCAACAACUAGCUGUGCCUUUCGGCUCUACCAAGGCCGUGUAUUUCUUCCUCAGAGUGGCGAGGGCUCUUUGGACUAUCUUGGUCAAAGGAGCCAAAAUCCCAACCACGAAUUAUUUCGACGACUUUGUUCUGCUCGCUCUUGGAGGAGAUAGGAGUUCGUGUUCACACGCUUUCGAUGAAGUUAUGAAGCUGUUAGGUUGGAAGCUGUCAGCUGAUAAGACAACGGAGUGGAACACUAGCUUCGAGGCCCUCGGCGUUCUUUUCGAGCUUGACCAGACGGGGUCCGGAGUUCUGAAGGUCAGGAACACUGAGAAACGGCGCAAGGAACUCACUGCUGCGAUCAAAGGUUUUCUGGACAAGGGAACCAUGACUCAGAAGGAAGCUCUACAACUGCGGGGUAGGCUGCAGUUUGCUCAAGCCCGGUUUUUCGGUAGGCCGGGAAGAAGGUGCCUGACGGAGGUGACAAAGCAUGCCUACACUGGCAGGUCGAAGCUUUCGUCGAUGGCCAAGGAACGACUUGAAGAGUUUGGUAAGUUCCUUGACAUGGCCCAACCGAGGCUAGUGGGACAAGUUUCAUGCAGGACUUUUAUGAUCCUUACCGAUGCGGCGUUUGAAACGGAGUCAGGAACUGGAGGCCUGGGGGGCGUCCUUCUCACCGGGUCAGGUUCGGCACUCUCUUUCUUCAGCGUGCCGAUCUCAGAGCAGCAAGCCAAGUCUAUGUCGUUGCAGGAUGAGCAUACCAUCAUAUAUGAGCUAGAGAUGUUCGGGGUCUUGAUCGGUCUCAAGCUCUUGGUCGAAAAGACGGCUGCUUUCGCAGAAUCAUACGAACAGCCAGGUGCUGUUGCUGGGACUGGAGUGAUUUGUUAUAUCGAUAAUGAUGCUGCGAGACAUGCAUACAUCGCCGGCUCUUCGAAGAAAGGGGUCGCGGGGAUUCUUAUCGAUGAAGUCAUUUCCUGGAGUAUGUCCACGGCAUCUUGCCGUGGUAUGCGAGAGUGGCAUCACCUGCUAAUCUGGCAGAUGAACCAUCGAGGAUGA